UUUCUCCUCACAGACUGAGCUUGUUGCUAUCAUGCAUUUUCUCCAACACAUAAUCCCCCUAUACUCUUCUUUGAUAGAAUCUUGUUCGUCCACUAAGAACCUAAACACCCUAAGAAAAAUCCACGCUCAAAUCGUGACCGUGGGAAUCUCUUACCAUGACUUCAUGAGAGCGAAGCUCGUGUCUUCCUACGCCGCUUGUGCACAGAUGCACGAAGCCGCCCUCAUCUUCUCCUGCACCAAUCGUCAAUCCACUUUCCUCUACAAUUCCAUGAUCAGAGGCUAUGCUUCUCUCAACCUCUUCCGUCAAGCCCUCACCGUCCACCGUCACAUGCUCCUCACGGGAAAACAACACGACCGGCGAACGUUACCCUCCGUCCUCAAAUGCUGCGCCGGCCUCUCGGCACUCCACCUCGGUAGGCAGGUCCACGUGGCAGUCUUAGUCCACGGUUUCACCGACGACUUGGCCACCUCCAACGCGUUGGUGACGAUGUACUCAAAGUGCGGUGACCUGAGAACUGCCCGCAAGGUGUUCGACGAAAUGACGGAGAGAAAUUCCGUUACAUGGUCGGCGAUGAUAGCUGGAUACGGUAUUCACGGGCGCUCCACCGAGGCUGUGCGGUUGUUCGAGGAGAUGCUAGAUGUGGGAGAGUCGCCUGACGCCGUUACCUUCACAACGGUAUUGACGGCGUGCAGUCAUGGAGGGUUGACGGAAUUGGGACGGAAGUUGUUUGAGAUGAUGGAGGAGGGGAAGUUUGGAGUGGGGCCCGGGUUGGAGCAUUACACGUGUAUGGUAGAUAUGUUAGGUAGGGCGGGACACGUGGAGGAUGCAGAGGCGUUGAUUGAGAGGAUGAAGGUGGAGCCAGACGAGGCAUUGUGGGGUGCAUUGUUGGGAGCGUGUAGAUUGCAUGGGAAGAUAGAGGUGGCUGAGAGGGUUGCCGAGAAAGUGUAUGACAAAAGGCUGUGGUUAGCAACUCAGUAAAUCAUUCACGUC